AUGUCCAAUGGGACCUACAUCAACCAGUUCCUCCUCAUGGCAUUUGCAGACACACGGGAGCUGCAGCUCUUGCACUUCUGGCUCUUCCUGGGCAUCUACCUGGCUGCCCUCCUGGGCAACGGCCUCAUCAUCACCGCCAUAGCACGUGACCACCGCCUCCACACCCCCAUGUACUUCUUCCUCGUGAACCUCUCCCUCCUUGACCUGGGAUCCAUCUCUACCACUGUCCCCAAAGCCAUGGCCAAUUCCCUGUGGGACACCAGGGCCAUCUCUUUCUUGGGGUGUGCUCUUCAAGUCUUUGUAUCUGUCUUUUUAAUUUCAGCAGAGUAUUUUCUUCUCACUGUCAUGUCCUAUGACCGCUACAUUGCCAUCUGCAAACCCUUGCACUAUGGCACCCUCCUGGGCAGCAGAGGUUGUCUCUACAUUUCGGCAAUCGCCUGGGGCAGUGGAUUUCUCAAUGCUGUCCUGCACACAGCCAAUACAUUUUCAAUCCCCCUCUGCAAGGGGAAUGCUAUAGACCAGUUCUUCUGUGAAAUACCCAAGAUUCUCAGGCUCUCCUCCACAAAUGCCUACCUCAGGGAGGUUGGCCUUAUUGCGGUUACUGCCUGUUUACUCUUUGGUUGUUUUGUUUUCAUUGUGGUGUCCUACGUCCAAAUCUUCAAGGCAGUGAUGAGGAUCCCCUCUCAGCAGGGGCGGCACAAAGCCUUUUCCACGUGCCUCCCUCACCUGGCCGUUGUCUCCCUGUUUCUCAGCACUGUUAUAUUUGCCCACCUGAAGCCCCCCUCCAUCUCCUCCUCAGUCCUGGAUCUGGUGGUGUCAUUUCUUUACUCCGUAGUGCCUCCAGUACUGAACCCGCUCAUGUACAGCUUGAGGAACAAGGAGAUCAAGGAAGCCUUGCAGAAAAUAUUUUAA